AUGGCCAAGCAGCGCAAGCCGAGCGGGGCGACGAAACCCUCCGGCUGGUCCGUCCCCGGCGUUGCAUGGGCAAAGUCGGUCUCCCUCACCGAAUUCCAGCGCGGCUUCCUCACCGGUGCCGCUCUCUGCGCUCUCGCCGCCGCCGCCGCCGCCAGCUGGCCGGCGGUGGUGACAAAGCGACAGCGCAACGCGACCGAGCCACGGAUCGACGACGGCAGCGUCGAGGUUGAGGCGGACAUGGUGUACCGCGGCGCCCAGCCAACCUGGCGGCCCGGCGACCAAAAUGCCCUGUACCGGCGACUGACGGCGGAGGAGGUGCUCGAUCCGGGCGACGGGCGGGUGCUCAAGCCUACCUCUAUCGUCGACCGCAUCCAGCACUUCCGCAGCUUCUGGGCCCUCGAAUUUGAGCGAUUUGCCGACGAGGAGGAGGUGGAGGCACUGCUCAGCGCGGGUGAGGCGGUGGGUUUCAAGCAGUCGGCGAUUAGGAACCGCGGCACACUCGCUUCCAACGACACCCGGCGCACCAGCACGAGCGCCUUUCUGCCAGAGCGCAAGCCGGGCGGCAGGAGCAGCGCGGACGCGGACCCGAUUGAGCGGUUCGUGCGGAGGGUGGAGGAGAUUACGGGCAUCACACGCGAGCGGCACGAGCGGAUGCAGGUGGUGCGGUACGAGGCGGGCCAGUUUUACCGGCCGCACCACGACUCGUCGCCCUUCUCCAUCAACCGAUCAGUGCACAACCGGGUGGGUGCCGGUCGCAUCCUCACCGCAUUCCUCUACCUCAGCGACGUGGCCGAGGGUGGCCGGACGCGCUUCCCAAAGGUGCCCGACGACGCGGCGCGAACCAAAAAGCCUGCGCGGGCGCCAUUCCUGAGCUUCCAGCCUCGCCGGGGCACGCUGCUGCUCUGGCCCAACGCGCUGGACGACGACCCGUGGACCAACAACGCGUUCGCGGAGCACGAGGCGAUGGCGGUCGACGAGGGCGUUAAGUACGGUGCCAACCUUUGGCUGCUGCAGUACCCCGACGCGCUCGUCAUCAAAUCAUGGGGGCUGGGCAAAUGA